CUGCCACUCCCGGGCUGCUGGCUGUGCUGCUGUAUAAAAGACUCUCACACUGUUCAGGACUGAGAAGUCAGCUCUACAGGACGGCAGGGAACAUACAGCACUUUGGUAUCCAGUAUUAUAUACAUUGGUGCUCAGUCACUGGUUUCCAGUGGCGCAACUACAAUAAGGAUGAGGUACGGAGGCUUUGUCGCAUGUCUGGUGUUCCUAGAAGUGGCUUUUGUGUCGGGACAAGGUUUCCAGAAACGUGACGAAGUUUUAAGUCAUUCUACAAGGAGAAUUCGCACAGGGAAGAAAAUCACCAGCUCACCAGCAAAGAACAAGGCAGAAGAGUUUUUUGAAUGGAGCACUUGGUUCAAUAUUGAUCACCCAGGUGGCAAUGGGGACUAUGAGCGUUUGGAUGCCAUUAGGUUUUACUAUCCCAGCAAAGUCUGCCAGAGGCCUCUGCGCAUGGAGGCACGGACCACAGAAUGGAUUCCUGCAGGCAGGACAGGAGAGGUGGUGCACUACAGCCUAUCAAAGGGUUUCUGGUGCAUUAAUAAAGAACAAGUAGAGGGCAGAAAUUGCUCCAAUUACUCAGUCCGCUUCCUGUGCCCUGUAGUUAUACACCCAAAUAUUCCAGAACAGCCUUGGUCUGAAUGGUCAGCAUGGAGCAAAUGUUCAGCCAGUUGCGGUGGGAAUGGAAUGCAGACUCGGACAAGGAAGUGUCUGGCAGAGGAACAGUGGCAAGAACAUUGUAACGGUCCCACAGAAGAAGGAAGGAGAUGUGCUGGCAACACCUGUGCAGUCUGUGACCUAAGCUGUCCUAUUGGAAAAGUAAGUGCAGACUGCAAUAUGUGUGUGUGCAAAACUCACAUCUUACAUGGCAUAGCCUCAUUGGCUGAUGGAGCACCUGCAACUGGAGCCAAUGUGUACAUCAUAACCAAGAAACCCAAGCUGGUGGCAGUAUCAGAUUCCAAAGGGAAAUUCCAGAUUCCAGGAUUGUGUCCAGAGACCACAAUACAGCUCAAUCUGGAGAAGUAUUCUACAAUCACUGUAAAAAUUCCAGACACUAAUGGAACAGCAUCCUCUAUAAAAGUAUCAUUCAAAAGAAAAGAGAAACCUUACAUAGUGGAGAACCCUGAGAAUAAAGUAAGAAGAGUGGGGCAGAGUGUGGCAUUCUGCUGUAACGCUGUAGGGGAACCAGCAACAGAGCAGUACCUCUGGUACCAUAAUGGAACCCUAAUAGACCAGAAAGGACCAAAGUAUGGCAACCAGCUGAUCCUGCGCACACUGCAGAUGAGCCAUGCCGGGGAAUAUUACUGCAAGGCCAAAAACAAAGCAGGAGCUGCAAAAUCCCAACCUGCUCAGCUCAAACUCAUUGGGAAUCAAGAUCCACCCUGCAACCCAAAACCAGAGAGACAUCUUAUCCAACUUCCUCAUGACUGCUUUCAAAACCACACAAAUUCUUUUUACUACAAUAUUGGAAAGUGUCCCUCAAGUGCCUGUACAGGGGAUCUGGACAAUGAACUGCGCUGUAAAGAUACUCUGCCCUUCUGCUGUGGAAUUAUUAAGACACAAACAAAAGAGAUCACUUGUCAAGGUUAUACCCUUCCUAUAAAGGUUGCUCAGGAGUGUGGUUGCCAGAAAUGCACAGACACCAAAAUAAUUGUUCGUGGGAGGGCAGUGGCAGCUGAUAAUGGUGAACCAAUGCGGUUUGGAUACAUUUACAUUGGAAAUAACAGAGUUGGCAUGACAGGCUAUAAAGGAACUUUUUCCAUUAAUGUUCCUUCAGAAACAGAGAGGUUGGUGCUUAAUUUCGUGGACCGGUUACAAAAGUUUGUAAACACCACCAAAGUGCUCCCAUUCAGUAAAAAAGGUGCUGUCUAUCAUGAGAUCCAUCUUCUCAGGAAAAAAGAACCAGUAAUAUUGGACUCUAUGAAAACAAACCAGAUAUCUCUGGGAGAUAUGGAGGACAUUGAUCCCAUUGCUGAGCUUGAGAUCCCUCCAAAUUCUUUCUAUCGCCAAAAUGGAGAGAUCUACAAUGGGAAAGUGAAAGCCAGUGUCACAUUUUUGGAUACUCGAAAUAUAUCAACAGCUACUGCUGCGCAGAGUGACUUGAACUUUAUUAGUGAGGAGGGAGAUUCCAUGCCGCUGCGUUCCUAUGGAAUGUUUUCAGUCGAUUUUACAGAUGAAUCAAACAAAGAAUCACUGAAUGCAGGAGCAGUUAAAGUCUAUCUUGAUUCCUCACAAGUUAAAAUGCCAGAGCACCUUGAGAACAUGAAACUUUGGUCUCUGAACCCAGAAACAGGACUGUGGGAGGAAGAGGGAGACUUUUUACAUGGGGGGGUUCGGCGUGGGAAGAGGGAAGAGCGUACUUUCCUUGUUGGCAAUAUGGAAAUCAGGGAACGUAGACUGUUUAACCUGGAUGUCCCGGAAAGCCGAAGGUGUUACGUCAAAGUUCGUGCAUAUAGAAGUGAAAGGUUUUUGCCAAGUGAACAAGUCGAAGGUGUGGUGGUGAAUCUUAUCAAUAUGGAACCUGUGUCUGGUUUUGCUUCUAACCCAAGAGCUUGGGGGCGGUUUGAUAGUGCAAUAACUGGUGCUAAUGGAGCGUGCUUACCUGCUUUUUGUGAUGACAAAAACCCAGAGGCCUACUCUGCAUAUGUAACUGCUACUCUAGGAGGAGAGGAACUAGAAGCAGUGGAAUCUUCUCCAAAAUUUAAUCCAAAUGUCAUUGGUGUGCCACAGCCCUAUCUCAAUAAACUAAAUUACAGGAGAACUGAUCAUGAUGACCCUAAAAUCAAGAAGUCAGCCUUUAGUAUCAGUGUGGCAAAGCCAAGCCCCAAUGCUGCAGAAGAGAGCAAUGGUCCUAUUUAUGCCUAUGACAAACUGCGAGAAUGCGAGGAAGCACCAUAUAAUGCUGGACAUUUCAGGUUUUAUAGAGUAGAAGGUGACAGGUAUGAUUUUAAUACAGUGUCUUUCAGUGAAGAUGACCCUAUGAGCUGGACUGCUGACUAUUUAGCUUGGUGGCCUAAACCCAUGGAAUACCGAGCUUGUUAUAUGAAAGUUAAAAUUGCUGGUCCUAAGGAGUACAUAAUCAGAUCCAAAAAUAUGGGUGGCACCCAUCCACAAACAGUCGGCCAGCUUUAUGGCAUUAGAGAUGUACGGAGCACUAGAGAUCUGGAGGAAGCCAACCUAUCUGCAGCAUGUGUAGAGUUUAAAUGUAGUGGAAUGCUUUAUGACCAGGACCGGGUUGACCGCACUCUGGUAAAAAUUGUCCCUCAAGGGAGCUGCAGAAGAGACAGUAUCAACAACAUGUUACACGAGUACCUUGUUAAUCACCUACCCAUGGCAGUCAAUAAUGAUACAAAUGAAUACACAAUGCUGGCUCCUCUUGAUCCACUCGGUCACAAUUAUGGUAUCUACACUGUCACUGACCAGGACCCAAGAACAGCCAAAGAAAUAGCUCUUGGAAGAUGCUUCGAUGGAACCUCUGAUGGAACUUCUAGAGUUAUGAAAACUAAUGUAGGUGUGGCUCUUUCUUUUCAAUGCACAGAGAAGGACUUGAAAGAUCAAAGUGUGUUCCGUGGAAAUGUCCAGGCAGCUUCAAGUGUUGCCAGGGAUGGCGGCAGAAGGCAGCAAAGAGCUAGUAGCAGAUCCAGACAGAUGAGAAGAAUCAGUAAUCGUUCAACAGAGUUGCAAGGGCAGCGUUUGUCAGCUUAGUAGGAUAUUGCAAAGAAUAUCAAUUCUAGGUGUAAUGCAGUUUUACUAUAACUUGAAGAGGCAUAAGACAUCAGUAGUCACUCUGAAAAUCAGUGGUUCUCUUGGGUUGUGGGGUCUCAGUAUUCAAUAUAUCUACAUAUCAACAAUACUUGUAUUCAGAACUUCUUUUAGUAUCCAUGUUCUGUGUUAGAACACUUAAGCAAAGCUUCGAGAGAAUGUAUGUGACACCUGGCUAGCAGAAAUAGCUGAGAGACUGACAUCUACAGCACACUGGCACUAGAAAACCAUGUAAUUCCGGCAGUUAAGAGAAGCAUUCUGCAACAACUGGGAAAGUAUAAAAUUACACUGACAUUAAAAGGUAACACAUACCGUAUUGCAGUUGUGGCUAUUUAUGUGUAUUCUUCCCUAAUGUGCUCACAUAUGGUGGAAAAAUAAGGGAAAAUCACAUAACCAGAUAGUCACAAUGACUUUAUUAAUACACAACUGCAAACAUUCCAGCAUUAUUAUUUCAGUUCCAACAUACCUGCUUGGAGCAUGUUGCUUGGGCAUCUUCUUACACAUCUAUUUCAGUACUGGAUAUGAUAAUUGCUUCCUUCCCCUCUCAUAUAUUUUUACAGUUACUAGGCCAUGCAUUUGUCCUCUCCUGGGGAUAGAGAAGUGGUUUUCCUUAAGUUUGAGUUCUGUGCAGACCAGGGUCUGUUACACUUAAAGUGACCCCGACACCUAUGAAUAUUUAGUACCAUUAUAUAGCAUUGUGCUGAGGUAAGCUGAAAUAUAUCCAGCCCUUCUGUAGGCCGAUUCUUUUCUCUUUUAUUCAUCUGGUAUAACUGUAAUGAUAAUAAACAGGUUUGUCUAGCUUGGCCCACAGGUUGGAGGUGUUGGGGCAGAAGUGAAAGUUCUUCAAUCUGAAAAAGUGUCAGGAAAACAGAAAAUAUAUUUCUUGUUGCUCUCACAGUCCUGCCCCUAGUCAAGGUGCACCCAGAUUAAACAUAGACUACAUACCCCAGAACCUCCUUGCACUGGUAGAAACCAAGCAUUAAAGGCUCCCAGCUGUGGAAGUAAUAUACAUCAGUGCUACAACUGUUUAGGAGAGGAAGAAUAUAUUCUGCUUGGCUUAAUUUCCAAUGUCAGGGUCACCCUUUCUGGUUACAUCAACAUGAGCAGAAUACACAGUCAGCAAGCAACAUUAUCUGGCAGAUUUAUCAAAGUGUGAAAUUAGAGCUAACCACAGUAAAAUUCCACCACUCUCUAUUCAUUUCUAUGGGAGGUGUAUUUAUCAAUGGGUGAAAGUAGGUAUUCCCCAUUUGAUUAAUAUGCUUUUAAAAAUCCAAUAGAAAUAGGGAAUCAAUUUAAAGUAAUUCUCUGAUUCUUUUUUCCUGAUGAUGACAUGGCUGCAAAGUUGCAGAUGGUUCCCAUCGUAUUUCUUACUAAUAGGAAAGUAACUAAUUUCAAGGAAGAUAGGAGUGGAAAUAAUAUUUAACUUACCAGGGGGGUAAAUCUAGGGCCCUCCAGCAGAAAUGCAACUUCCCUCAGAUAAACCUGCAGGAAACAGCACCAAACAGAAUUUUAUUUAGUGUUAAAAACAAACCGGAGUCAGAAUAACAACUUAUAACAACAAAUUAGUAUCCACACUGAAAGAUAAAUCAUUUCUACUUUAAAACACAUAUAUGUAACUGUUCAGUCAGUUUUAAAAUGUACCUCGGUUUUAGUGCUUUAGUUAAAAAUUGCAUAUUUAUUAAUUGGUGAAUAAACAGUUUGUACUCUAGGAAACUGAUCAGUUUGAAAAUAAUAUUUGUGAAAAUAAAUCAUGAUCAAAAUCAAUUGACUGCUUUUCCACAAUCAAAUUUAAUCUCAAAUGGAUUCAUUGUGAAAGAAAUUCAUAAUGGAAAAGUAGUUGCACUGUUCCAUACAUUAACGCUUCAGAUAACUCCCCUCCCUUGAUUUCUAUAGAAUCUCAAUGAGUUAUAGGCGGUGCGGUUUUUCAUUCAAAUUUUUACAUUUUCUCAAUUUUUUCACAUGAAUAAAUUUUUUUGAAAAAAAAUACAAGUUCGAGAUUGGUUUUUCUUUUUCCUCCAAUCAUAGAAAAACACAAUCUUGAAUUUUAAUGAAUUUGGCCCAAAAAAGAGCAAUACAAGUGAAUAAAUAAAGUUAUCCUCAGAUGAACUGUCUGUUCACCCCUUUGAUAAAUAUUUUGCCCAAAUGAUUGUAAGUUACUUUUAUUGCAAUAUACACUGAAAUGUAAAAGUAAUGCAGACAGGCUGUAAACAGUUCACCAUCUUUAUUUCAGAGAGAGAGAGAAAGUAGUUUCCCAGUCUCCUCCCACUUUUCCCAAGGCUGAAACAGUCUCACUUCCUUCAAAAGCAUAUAACUUUAUUAAAUAUAACACGGCUUAUGCUAAUACAUAACAAACAAGUAAUAGAGACAUCAUAGCGAAUCAAAUGAACUUAAAUAAAAUUAAAACAUAAUGCUCCACCAGUUCAGUACCAUUGUCUUCCCCUUGUUUUUCCAAAAUUGUUGCCACUGAAAUUUUCCGUUGCAGCAAAUCACUGAGCAGCAGUACUAAUCAGUAUGUCUAUCAUUUUAGGGGCCAAUGAACACAACAUUUAAGUGUUUGUAUCACUUCGACACCUUUACAAAAAGGAAUUUUUUUAUGGUGAUUAUAUUACAGCGGAGCUGCUAUAGAUCAAUUAGUGGCCACUUUGUCAGGGGUUGGAAACAUAUAAAAGCCGGUGGCUGUGCGCCAGAAAGCUGACUAAGAAAUACAGCUUCAAUAAGUGUCCAGGCUAGGAAAUGUGUUAUAUCCAUCAAUUCAUUUGUGCAUGCAUGUUAGAUUGCUUCCUCUCUCCGGCGGCUCUCUCCCUCGGGAACCAUUAUUCACUCAAAAUUCCAAAUCUGUAAUGUUGUACUUGAAAAUGUAAAUAAGAUUCUAUUUAUUUCAGUGUUUUUCUUCGUGUAAUCUUUUUGGGAUACAGAGCCUCUCCUAGUGUAAGUUAUGGAGGAGCACAGGAACUGCUUACACGGUUACAAAUGAGUGUUUUAUUUUUUUAUACUGUCGGAAGUAGGAGUGAGAUUAAUUAUACAUAUUAGCCACAAUGGCGGAUUCGAUUAUAUGCAUAACAGACAAAAUGAUGUUGCUGCCAUGAUAUUUAUUUAAAGGGAAAAUAAACUUUCUUUAUAAGCUAUGUUUAUUAUCCAUGUUGUUCCUUAAUAAACUGCACAGUGAAAGCAUAGAUAACUAUAAGCACAAAACACUCCUAAAAUGAAUGGGGAUCCCUAACUUGUAGCCUUUAAUACAGGAGAGCUGGGCAGCAAAGGGACCUGUGGAAUAGAUUUUAUAGGUGUCUGAAUUCCUGGCAGUAGCACAGAAAUGGAUACAGCAGACCCAGGCUUUGCAUCACGGGAAUCAACAUGAUUCCUUUGCACACAGGGGCCUAUGUACUGACAUUCAGAUGCAUUUUCCUGUACGCAUUUAAGGGGGAAAUAUUUAUUUCUGCAAGUGCUGAUUUUUUUCUAUUUUUCAAAAGCAGAAUGUUUUUCUCCUAUUAUUUCCUUCUCUUUUUUGAGUUUUUGAAUUUCCCUUUUUUUCUAGUGAACAUGUUCUGUUUGGAGCUGCCAUAAACCUUUAUAUCCUAUGGAAAUAUAGCCAUCGUUACAGCAUACUGCACACUGUAAAAUGCUUUAAAAAGUAGAAUGAAAGUAAAAUCAUAGGCUGAUUUGUUAAGGUUUAUGAUUGUUGUACUUUAUGAUCAAAAAAAUGUCACUUUUAAAUUUACAGAGCUUUUAUCCAUGUAAUGAUUCAAUACAAUGUGGAAAA